CGCGCCCGCGCCCGCGCCGGUGCGCAGCCGCUCGGGCCGCGCCCCUGCCCCGCCGCCUCAGCUCCCCGCCGGGCCGAUGCGGGUCGCGGGGCUGAGGGGAGCGAGGUAGGCUUCGCCUGCGCCGCCACCGCCCGGCCCUGGCCCGGCCGGGAACGCGGCCCCAGCCCCCCCCCCCCCCCCGGGCGCGAUCCGGCCUGGUCAUCCGCGGGGCGCGGCCAAGCGGGCCAUGGCUGACCGCGGGUGUGCGCUGGAGGCGGUGCCGCUGCCCGCCGAGGUGCGGGAGAGCCUGGCGGAGCUGGAGCUGGAGCUGUCGGAAGGGGACAUCACUCAAAAAGGGUAUGAAAAGAAACGGGCAAAACUGCUUGCACGCUAUAUCCCGCUUAUUCAAGGGGUAGAUCCAUCCCUACAAGCCGAGAAUAGGAUCCCAGGUCCCUCACAAACCACAGCUGCAGCGCCCAAACAGCAGAAGCCACGGCCUACCAACUCACGGGACGAGCGCUUCCGGUCAGAUGUUCACACUGAAGCGGUGCAAGCAGCUUUGGCCAAAUACAAGGAGAGGAAGAUGCCUAUGCCUUCAAAAAGACGUUCGGUUCUUGUCCACUCGUCGGUGGAGACGUACACACCUCCAGACACGUCAUCUGCCUCAGAAGAUGAGGGCUCUUUACGGCGACCCGGGCGACUUACCUCCACUCCGCUCCAGAGCCAUUCCAACGUCGAGCCCUGGCUCGACCGGGUCAUUCAGGGCUCGUCCACCUCAUCCUCUGCAUCCUCCACCUCAUCUCACCCGGGAGGGAGACCCGCCGCUGCUCCCAGUGCCGCCGCCGCCACGCUCACAGGCCCCGUGGCCCACGCCCACAUAGCAGAUCUGCCCUCUGCCCCUCCUGAUGUCACCACGGGUCUUGUGGAGCUUCCGCACUGUGAGCGUCCGCAGCUGGCUUCUGUGAGAGGCGUCCCUCGGGGCUACAGCGGCAGCGUCCUGGAAACUGCGGGUGGUGUCCCUGUGAACAGCAGAGUGUCCUCCAAAAUCCAGCAGCUUCUCAAUACCCUGAAGAGGCCAAAGCGCCCUCCGCUGAAGGAGUUCUUUGUGGAUGAUUUUGAGGAGCUGUUGGAAGUGCAGCAACCAGAUCCAAAUCAGCCAAAGCCUGAGGGAAGCCAGACGGCAGUGCUGAAAGGGGAGCCCCUGGCCGUGGGGACCGCCUGGCCACCGUCCCUGCUGGCUGCCUUGCAGCGCUGGGGCACGACACAGCCCAAAGCCCCCUGUCUGACUGCCUUGGACACAGCUGGGAAGGCCAUCUACACCCUUACCUAUGGCAAACUUUGGAGUCGGAGUUUAAAACUAGCUUAUACUCUACUUAAUAAACUGACUAGUAAGAAUGAACCACUACUUAAACCUGGAGACAGAGUGGCCCUGGUGUUUCCGAACAGUGACCCUGUGAUGUUCAUGGUGGGGUUUUAUGGCUGUCUCCUGGCAGAGCUGGUUCCUGUCCCCAUAGAAGUGCCGCUAACAAGAAAGGACGCCGGCAGCCAGCAGGUUGGGUUUCUGCUGGGAAGCUGUGGCGUUGCCCUGGCCCUGACCACGGAUGCUUGUCAGAAAGGCCUGCCCAAGGCACAGACCGGAGAGGUGGCAGCUUUCAAAGGUUGGCCCCCUCUCGCCUGGUUGGUGAUCGAUGGGAAGCAUCUGACCAAGCCCCCGAAAGACUGGCAUCCACCGGCCCGGGAUGCAGGGGCCGGGACUGCCUACAUCGAGUAUAAAACAAGCAAAGAAGGCAGCACAGUGGGGGUCACGGUGUCCCACGCAUCGCUGCUGGCACAAUGCCGGGCUCUCACCCAGGCUUGCGGCUACUCGGAAGCUGAAACAUUAACAAAUGUGCUGGAUUUCAAAAGGGAUGCUGGUCUGUGGCAUGGAGUGUUAACAAGUGUUAUGAACAGGAUGCACGUGGUCAGCAUCCCGUACGCACUGAUGAAAGUGAACCCACUGUCCUGGAUUCAGAAAGUGUGUUUGUAUAAAGCCCGGGCCGCGCUGGUGAAAUCCCGAGACAUGCACUGGUCUCUCCUAGCUCAGCGAGGACAGAGGGACGUCAGCCUCAGCUCGCUGCGCAUGCUGAUCGUGGCUGAUGGCGCAAACCCCUGGUCCAUAUCCUCCUGUGAUGCGUUCCUCAAUGUCUUCCAGUCCAGAGGGCUGAAGCCAGAGGUCAUCUGUCCUUGCGCCAGUUCUCCUGAGGCGCUGACGGUCGCCAUCCGCAGGCCACCAGACCUGGGAGGACCUCCUCCACGAAAAGCUGUCCUGUCGAUGAGCGGUCUCAGUUUUGGCGUGAUCAGAGUUGAUACUGAAGAGAAGUUGUCAGUUCUUACUGUUCAGGACGUGGGUCAGGUGCUGCCUGGAGCUGAUGUGUGUGUUGUGAAGGUAGAAGGUACCCCUUAUCUCUGUAAAACUGAUGAGGUUGGAGAAAUAUGUGUCAAUUCCAGCGCAACUGGCACAGCGUACUAUGGACUACUUGGAAUCACAAAGAGCGUCUUUGAGACUGUCCCGGUCACAGCAGGAGGAGCCCCCGUGUCUGACAGGCCUUUCACCAGGACAGGGCUGCUGGGCUUCAUCGGGCCUGAUAACCUGGUUUUUGUCGUGGGCAAGCUGGAUGGGCUAAUGGUGGUCGGAGUUCGUAGACACAACGCGGAUGACAUCGUGGCCACUGCGCUGGCUGUGGAGCCCAUGAAGUUUGUCUACAGAGGCAGGAUUGCCGUGUUCUCCGUGACGGUGCUGCACGAUGACCGGAUCGUGCUUGUGGCUGAGCAGCGGCCUGAUGCCUCCGAGGAGGACAGCUUCCAGUGGAUGAGUCGCGUGCUGCAGGCCAUCGACAGCAUCCACCAGGUGGGCGUGUACUGUCUGGCCCUGGUUCCUGCCAACACCUUGCCCAAGGCUCCCCUUGGAGGGAUUCAUAUUUCUGAAACCAAGCAGCGGUUUCUGGAGGGGAUGCUGCACCCGUGUAAUGUACUAAUGUGCCCUCACACCUGUGUCACCAACCUCCCCAAACCUCGCCAGAAACAACCAGAGGUUGGACCGGCCUCCAUGAUCGUGGGGAACCUGGUUGCUGGGAAGAGAAUCGCCCAGGCCUCAGGGAGGGAGCUGGCUCACCUGGAGGACAGUGACCAGGCGAGAAAGUUCCUGUUCCUGCCGGAUGUGCUGCAGUGGCGGGCGCACACCACCCCCGACCACCCGCUGUUCCUGCUGCUCAAUGCCAAGGGCACCGUCACCAGCACUGCAACCUGCGUCCAGCUGCACAAAAGGGCCGAAAGGGUUGCCGCCGCCCUGAUGGAGAAGGCACGACUGAGCGUCGGGGACCAUGUGGCUUUAGUCUACCCCCCAGGGGUGGACCUCAUUGCCGCCUUCUAUGGCUGCCUGUACUGCGGCUGUGUGCCUGUCACCGUGCGGCCUCCGCACCCCCAGAACCUGGCCACCACGCUUCCCACCGUCAAGAUGAUCGUAGAGGUCAGCAAGUCUGCUUGCGUCCUCACUACACAGGCCAUCAUGCGGCUGCUCAAGUCCAAAGAUGCAGCGGCUGCCGUGGACGUCAGGACCUGGCCGACCAUUCUAGAUACAGAUGACAUACCAAAAAAGAAGGUGGCUAGCAUUUUCAGGCCACCGUCCCCAGACCUGCUCGCAUACUUGGAUUUCAGCGUGUCGACUACAGGGAUAUUAGCAGGUGUGAAGAUGUCGCACGCAGCCACAAGUGCCUUGUGCCGCUCCAUAAAGCUGCAGUGUGAGCUGUACCCCUCGAGGCAGAUCGCCAUCUGUCUUGACCCCUACUGCGGCCUUGGCUUCGCCCUGUGGUGUCUGUGCAGCGUCUAUUCCGGACACCAGUCAGUCCUGGUGCCCCCGCUGGAGCUGGAGAGCAACGUGUCCCUGUGGCUGUCAGCCGUCAGCCAGUACAAGGCCCGCGUCACCUUCUGCUCCUACUCCGUGAUGGAAAUGUGCACCAAGGGCCUGGGCGCACAGACCGGUGUCCUCAGGACGAAGGGGGUGAACCUGUCCUGCGUACGCACCUGCAUGGUGGUAGCUGAGGAGCGGCCCAGGAUCGCACUCACACAGUCCUUCUCCAAGCUGUUCAAGGACCUGGGGCUGCCAGCGCGCGCCGUGAGCACCACUUUCGGGUGUAGGGUCAACGUGGCCAUCUGCCUCCAGCCCAACAGGCUGGGAAAGCUGGCUGAGCAGGGCACGGCCGGCCCGGACCCCACCACCGUCUACGUGGACAUGAGGGCGCUGCGCCAUGACAGGGUACGUUUGGUAGAACGGGGUUCUCCGCACAGUCUGCCAUUGACGGAGUCUGGAAAGAUCCUCCCUGGGGUAAAAGUCAUUAUCGCGCACACGGAGACCAAAGGGCCCCUUGGAGACUCACACCUGGGAGAGAUCUGGGUGAGCAGCCCCCACAACGCCACCGGCUACUACACGGUCUAUGGGGAGGAGGCGCUCCACGCUGACCACUUCAGUGCCCGGCUGAGUUUUGGAGACACACAGACCAUUUGGGCAAGGACUGGCUACCUGGGUUUCCUUCGAAGAACAGAGCUCACUGACGCCAGUGGAGAGCGGCACGAUGCACUGUACGUGGUCGGAUCUCUGGACGAGACGCUGGAGCUGAGAGGCAUGCGCUACCACCCCAUAGACAUCGAGACGUCUGUGGUUCGAGCCCACAGGAGCAUCGCAGAGUGUGCCGUGUUCACCUGGACCAACCUGCUGGUGGUGGUGGUGGAGCUGGACGGGCUGGAGCAGGAUGCGCUGGACCUGGUGGCCCUGGUGACAAACGUCGUGCUGGAGGAGCAUCACCUGGUCGUGGGUGUGGUGGUCAUUGUGGACCCAGGUGUGAUCCCCAUCAACUCUCGGGGCGAGAAGCAGCGCAUGCACCUGCGUGAUGGCUUCCUGGCCGACCAGCUGGACCCCAUCUAUGUCGCCUACAAUAUGUGAGUGCCGCCUGUCGACCCCACGUUCCUGAGACAGGUGUGGUCCCCGGCCUCCUGGUGCGGGAGCCGGUCAGAGGUGUUGGGGCUUGUGAAGACACCACACUGUCUGCAGCCACCAGAAAAGACUCCAGUCUUCAUGGAAUGCUGUGCCCUCUGCUUUUACGGACCCGUCCCAAGGAUCCCCAAAUCUCAUUUCAGGAGCCACUUCCUGACUAUUUGAAGAAAUGUUUUCAUCUUCGAGGACCUUUGUCAGUCAGUAUUUGAACAGGUGGGCGCCCGCGAGGGGGCCUGGAGUGGCUGCGGAAAGGGAUCACGAGCGCUCUGCUGUGCUGCGAGUUUGCACUUGUUUUAGGCUAAAAAUAUCAUUCUUGAUUUUAAAAAUUCACUUAUUUAUUCUCACUUCAAAUGACAACUUCAUGUAUAGAAUUCCUGCCAGAAAGAACUUGAGGCCCCUGGGGAGGAGCAGAGUGAUGGAGGGAGGCAGUCCUGGCCUGCCCUCCCCACUCUCAGACCCGAGGCCCCGCUGUGGCCACACGGCACUGCCUCUGCUGGUUUCAUUAUUGAAACAGGUGUGCCCAGUUGUCUGCAUUUGUUGUCACGAAUACUCAGUAAGUGCCAUUUGGGGCUGUCAGCUUAGACGCAUUGUUUGGGGAAGAUUAACCAGCAUUUAGUCUUAAACGACUGUCCCAGCUUUGUGACUUCAUGCUGUGCCGUUAGAGUACCUUUGUGGUAACUCCACAAUAUGAAUUCUUCUCGGUACAUGGAAUUGUGCUGAAUUGUUACUUUUAUUACAGUUCAACAGACUUGGAAGCGCUGGCGGCAGCGUCUGAGGCUUUCAGGUCGUUCGUGCUAUUUGCUGAGCGCCCUGCAUGCAGUCUGGGGGCUGCAGAGAGACCCCUGCCCGCCUGGCGUUCGUAGUUUCAAUUGUGUGCCUAUAAAACUUGGCCAAACCAUAUUCAGUUAUUUUAUUCAAACUUGAUGAAACUGAUGUAAUAUAGUAAACCUAAAUCAAAGAAGAGAAUGUAAAAUCCUUUAGAUACUUUUAAGAAUUUGAAGCAAAGCUCAAACCUUAAGACAGAUUAUUUUUAUAUAGCUAUUAAAGAGUGUGUUAUGAAGUUGUGGGGUUUGGGGGGGAUUGAGGGUGGGAAAGUUUAUGAAUUAUGCAUGCUUCCUAGGAACAGCCAGGCUUUUCAGGAAUUAGCCUGGAACAGUGCCUAACAAAGCUAUUAUUAAUUCUCUACCAUUUUAAAUUCACCACCAAAUGGGUCUGGCUAAGUGGGCGGACUCUCACAUCCUACUCAUAUUUGGCUACAAAUAGCACGUGCAUAGUAGUUCUGUUGCCUGUGGUGUUGAGCUGCGGCUAGUAUGUCACAGCAUACUGGAAUUCUAAUAACUCUAUUGUAAUUAUGUACAGAAUCUGUGUAACUUAUUGUCUGACAUACAGAGGUUCUAGCAGCGGACUAACGGACAUUCCUUAGAACGGGAUGGCCAACGGGGAAAAACUACCUAACCCUAAUCUUAAUGUUGUAGUUUUAUAGCAAACAAAUACUGUAAAAUUUUUGUAUUGAAAGGUCAGUGGCAGUAAGACAAGGUGUCUUGUAAAUUCAGAUUUUAAGAAGCGCAUUAAAAUGUUUUAAAAGUACUCUCUGGGAAUUCUGUAUAUCACACUAAAAUUUUUUUAUAUCAUUAUGUUAAUAAAAGGUAUUGACUGUUUGUAA